GUAGUAUGCAUCAUCUUAUUAUUGUAAGCUCCUCCCCGCCACCAGGGGGCGACAGUUCGCCAACAGCCAGUUCUCUGACCGCACGCAUCAAACAUGGCGGCGUCGCUGGUUCGGUUUGUCCGCGGAGGUCUUGGAAGGAGUUUUAACAUUGGAAGGAGCUCGUGUCUCCUGCAGCAGCAGCAGCAGCACAGGCGGCAGAGCUCCACCACUGAGACCAGCCCCACUGUUAGGGCUAAGGAUGCUGUCACUCACAACCAGCUGGCAGUGUUUGGGGAGUAUGUGGCUGAAAUCCUGCCCAAAUACAUCCAACAGGUCCAGGUGACAUGUUAUAAUGAACUGGAGGUCAUGAUCCAUCCUGAUGGAGUGGUCCCAGUGCUGACCUUCCUGAGAGACCACACUAAUGCCCAGUUCACCAACAUGACUGACCUGACUGCUGUGGACAUCCCAACACGACAGAACCGCUUUGAGAUCGUCUACAACCUGCUGUCACUGCGCUACAACUCUCGUAUUCGGGUUAAGACAUACACGGAUGAGUUAACGCCCGUGGACUCUGCAGUUCCUGUUCACAAGGUUGCCAACUGGUACGAGAGGGAGGUGUGGGACAUGUACGGCGUGUUCUUUACCGGCCACCCAGACCUGAGACGGAUUCUUACAGACUAUGGUUUCGAGGGUCACCCCUUCAGAAAGGAUUUUCCUCUGUCUGGUUACGUUGAGGUGCGUUAUGAUGACGAGGUGAAGCGAGUGGUUGCCGAGCCUGUGGAGCUGUCGCAGGAGUUCAGGAAGUUUGACCUGAACUCACCCUGGGAGGUGUUCCCCGCCUUCCGGGAGCCCAAAGAAGCUGCUCCCAAGCUGGAGGCAGGUGACAAGGCCCCUGAGAAGAAGUGAUGUGCUUCCAUUUAGUGUCCACACCAUCUCCUCCGUCUGUCUGU